CACACACACGGGUGGCUGUGUGGCUGUAGCCGUUGGUCAGCGGAUAAAGCGGCCUGGGACCUAAAAACUUAUUUUCUUUCUUUCUUUUUAAUACCGAGACCAUGUCCAUCAACGCUCGUCAUGGAUUGCCGUUCUUGCCGGGGAACUCAUUCCGGGACAUGACGAAGUCUGCCUUUCACCGGACCCAGACACUGGCCUAUAACAACGGCUUUGCGCUGCCCCGCCCUCCCACGCACGGCAUUGGUCAAGAUCCCCUCAAAUCGGAAGAGCUUGCCUACAACUACACCAAUGAGCUGUCUAGUGAGACCUUAGCCCUCCUCACAGAGCCAUCCAGCCGCGCCCCCGUGGUGCCGUUCAUCCCGGCCCACGUAGCCCUGGAUAAGAAGGUGCUGCGUUUCCACGGUUACUUCCAGCAGCGCGUGCUCCACUCCCCGGACGAGGAGUACCGUGUGCGGCCGGUGGUGCUCUUCUACUACCUGGAGGACGACAGCAUGUGCGUGAUGGAGCCGCUGGUGGAGAACUCUGGGCUGCCGCAGGGCAAGCUGAUUAAACGGCAGCAGCUGCCCAGGAAGGAUCGCAGUGUCCCGUACCACUGGAAGGACCUCAACCUGGCCCUGGAUCUGGAGGUGUAUGGCGUGCUCUACCGCAUCACCAACUGUGACUCCUUCACACGGGAGUUCCUGGAGAGUGAAGGCAUCUUGGUGAACGACCCCGAGCCCAUGCCCGUCGACCCCUACACCUCCCACCGCGCCCCACCGCAACGCUCCUAUGUCUCGCCCUCCAACUUCGACCACCAAAAGCAGUUCCUCACCAUGGACCGCAAGGUGCUGCGGUUCUUUGCCCUCUGGGACGACAAGGACACCAUAUACAAGGAGACGCGGCCGGUGAACAUCCAGUACUACCUGGUGGACGACACGGUGGAGAUCCGGGAGGUCCACCAGGCCAACAGCGGGCGGGACCCCUUCCCCGUGUUGAUGCGCAGGCAGAGGCUGCCCAAGACCAUCAGAGAAGACAGCGAGCCCUUCCCGCGCUGCGUUCUGGAAGUCUCCCCCCAGGAGGUGCAGGAGUACUACUCUCCCAGGGACUUCAGGGUGGGCGAGACCAUGAGGCUGAUGGGCCGCACUCUGCGGCUGUACGACUGCGACAGUUUCACCAGGAGCUACUUCCAGAGUAACCACCCAGAGGUGGAGACAAAACGCGUGGAGCUGCCAAGGGCGGAGGAGGCGGCAUGGGACACCGAGAGGGAGGUUCCUCCAUACAAUGGCUUUGGUUCUCUGGAGGACUCUCUCCAGAACUGUCUGCACCUGAUCCCUCAGCCCCCCAAGAAGGACCUGAUAAAGAUGCUGGAGAACGACCACAAAGUGCUACGAUACAUCGCUAGGCUGGACUCCAACAACCCCCACGAUGAGGGCCGUCACUUCAUCCUCUCCUACUUCCUGGCUAGCAACAUGAUCAGCAUCUUUGAGAAGCCCACCAGGAACUCAGGGAUCAUGGCGGGCAAGUUCCUGGAGAAGACGCGCGUCCCCAAGCCGGGUUUUGAGGCGGACAAACCCCUGUUCUACUCGCCUGCUGACCUCGCCAUCGGAGCCACAGUAGUUGUUUUCGGACAUCGCUUUGUGCUUACCGACGCUGACCACUAUGUGCUCAAGUACCUGGAGUCAGAGGCCGACCAGAUCCCCAGCCAAACGCUGGAGUCCUUAAGGAACAGGCUGGGGGUGCAUCCAGAUCAGGGGACUGGCACCAACCCAACAGAAAAACAACAUGGUGGAGACCAAGGAGUUGUCGAGCCCUCUUCACAGGGCCAAGAACCGGCUGCUUGACGUCCGCUGGCCCUGCAGUGUUAGCAGCUGGCCUGAUGUUCAACUGCAGCAGACUGUAACUUCACAACACUAGAGUAUAAUAAAACCAUAUCUUCAUCA